CGUCAAGAGACAGGCCGAUGAAAGUAUCUAUCGACACCACCAACAUCAAAGGUUAUAAUCACGGUUAUCACGGUCCUACAAACACAAUAAAUAAAAGCUAUGGCUAGCAGUCGUUUGGAGAAAAUUGGGACGAUAUUCUCAAGAACUACUGGUUUGAUUCGAUGUAAUGCAAUGAAAAUGGAAGACCGGCCACUUUGGUAUGAUGUGUAUGCAGCAUUCCCACCGCCACUAGAACCUCGAUUCGAUAGACCAGCACCGAAUAUCAGUGUGAAGCAAAUAUUUUACGAAGAGGAUGUUGUUAGAGCGAAAUACCAUAAGUUAAUGAGAAACGUCACCGUCAAUCUAUCGGACAAUCAAAACCAAACGCAAACCCAAUUGUUCAUCGAAGCGUACAACCAGAUCAAAAGCCAGGGUGCACUGGAUGACGAUAAAAUUGUUGAAGUGGCACAAGACAUUGUCAGGGACAAACUGAAAGAACGGUAUGAGAGUCGAAGGGAAUCUGUCGGGUUGGUGAAAAGUUUCGAAGUAGCAACCGAAGAAAAGAAAGAGACGGAGCAGCCGAAAGUGAAGGUGGAUUUUAAGAAUAUUUUUGAGUAAAUGGUCGCCUUGAUGUCUGAUACAACCCAUAGCCACAAUAAAUAGGUUUUAGUAAGAAA